AUGGGUUCCCAAGCAGGGUCUGCUGGGGAGGUAUCACCCCAAGCCCCCACCAUCAAUGAGCAGGAGAAGAGACAGGAGAGGUUGGAGAAGCUCAAAAGAGAGCUCCAGAACAUAAAAAAUGCCAGAGACAAACUUCAGGGAAUCCUGGCCUACUACACUAGAAAGGAUUUAAAUGACAGGAUCAACUUUGAGACAUUCAUGCUUGAGAUGCAACAUGACCAGGUGAUGACUGACCUGAAGAGAAUGCCCCAGGACAUCAGUGAGGCCUUGUCCAAGUGCAAGCAGUUGACUAAAGAAAAUCAGUUCUACUGCUUCAGGAACUGCCACCUCCUGAUUGAAUCUAACCUCAUCCAGCACAAAGUCAGGAUGUUGUGGAAGGAGAACAGACAGCUGCUAAGGGAGCCGAUUGCAUUGGAAGAAUGCAACAUAGAAACAAAAAUACUAUGUAAGGAAGGCAGCCAGAGGAUCAAAGACCACUAUACUAAGCAGCAGCAGGUCUGAAAUAUUCUGCAGAAGCUCAAACAGAUCAGAGACCAGGUCAAGAUCUUGCUCAGACACAACUGUUCACCAGGAGCACUGGGUGUGCAAAGCAAAUUAAGCACCAUUGUAUCUAAUCCUUGUACCCAUGGCAAUCUUGGGCUGCAUUUUCUUCUUUUUUGGUUUGCUAUGGGUAUGAGGCCUUUAUUUUGUCUAGCGUCUGGUCCAGCAAGACUGCCUGUUUGAAAGGCUUCAGAGAAGUGCUGAGAUGACAUCAAGAUCUGCUCGGAAUCCAGAAGGGCUCUGAGAAUGCCAAUUUUGGCUGGUCGUGUUGGGUCAUCUAGAAUUAUUUCAUGGUGAUCAGUCAAGUGAAUUUGAAAAACUUUGAGGUAUCAUCUGUAACAUCUCUCGUGUUAGCCUUGGAAGGACUAGUCCAUCAGCAGAACACCCACCCCAAUGAGGCAUGCCUAUAUUCAUCCUGAACAGAUUAUUACCAUCAGUGACUGCCUUUGCACUAUUUCACCAAGACUGCUGCCAUUGCUCUUCCUUCCUUUCUGGAUGUCAAUGGUAAGACCACAUUGCUGAAGAAGAUGGUAUCUGGCACAGCCAUCAAUUCAGGCAUGUAUCUCAUUAUUUUCUGUGUGUUGAGAACAUAUCUAUUACUCUUUAGCAGUUACUUGGAGAUAUUUGGCCCAUUGCAACCCACCAAAUUUCUAUAGAAGAGGUAAUCCCUUGGUAGCUGAGAUUGCAUCUCCCAGAACACCAUCACCCUCCUAAAAUCUGGCAACUGAUAUUCUAACUUCAGCUUCUCUGAGUGGGCUAAACUGGAGAGGGAGCCCAGGGCCUCAUGCACACCAAGCAGCAAACAGUACAAGAGAAUACACUACACUUCACCAUAACAAACCGCACCACACCUCACUAUAGUAUACUACACUAGAGAACCCCCAGUCCUCCUGUUUCUCUGAGAUCAACUUUGUUUCUUAGCCCUUUCUCAGCCUUCCUGAAUGGAUUAUCUACCCAAACAAGGUAAAUGUAAUAAAACAAAGUGAACAUUUUCUACCUUCAUAAUCCACAUUGAAAUUUGCUGUGAACACUGUGCAGAGUUCAUGACCACCAGGAACACCUGGCCUCCCUUAGCCCCAUUGCCACUUACUGGCUUCCCUCUCCAUUUUUUCUGUUCUCUUUUCUAAUCUGAGGAUACAGCCUUGGAUAUUCAGAUUUUGGGUACUUUGUCCUUUCCUUCAGACCUCUGUAUUUGCUGUGUCUCCCCUUAGGACUCUGUACAUCAGGCUGAGUACUUAGUAGAGCUGUUUCUAACUCUGCAUCAGCAGAUACCCAUAAGAGCUUCUGGCCCUCAGACAGGUGGUUCUUCAAAGCUUUAGAGAAGAGAUGUGACUCUGAAGAACACCCUAACUGCUGCAGAUGGAUGGCUGCUGAACAAACUCCAUAACUAGUUGUCCCAGGAGGGUUUUGGGACUCCUCCAAAUCUGGCUGCACUGCAGCUUCUCCUACAAUUCAAUGUGGAUGCCUUACAGGUUAAGAGGAUCAGUCAAGUACCAACAAGGUGACCACAUGGCCGCAUCCAGAAAGGCAUGGUACAGGAGAAGCUGAAAGUCCUACAUGUUCAUGUGAAGGCUGCUAAUAGAAUAUUAAUGUCCAGGCAGCUAGGGUGAGGGUCUUCACCACACACACAGUGUCCCAUAUACUCUAACUUGGCCACACCUUCUUAUAUUGCAACUCAGUG